UCUUCGCAAAAGCUUCGAGAGUAGUGCAAUCGAACUCAGUCAUGGAUCUUUCUCCUAUUAAGGAAGCUUUAGCCGUCAAAUCCUUUGAUAAAAUCGCGGAUAUUUGCGAUAAUCUCAUGCUUCAGGUUGCUUCCGAAGGAAUUGAUUAUCAUGAUGAUUGGCCUUACGCAAUCCAUCUUCUGGGUUACUUUUACGUUGACGAUUGUGAUAGUGCCCGUUUUCUCUGGAAAACGAUACCUACAGCUAUCAAGGAGAGGAAGCCUGAAGUUGUUGCAGCUUGGAAGAUUGGUCAGAAGCUGUGGACACACGACUAUGCAGGUGUAUAUGGAGCUAUUCGGGGUUAUGAUUGGAGUCAAGAAGCUAAAGAUAUGGUUGCUGCCUUCUCAGAUCUUUACACAAAAAGGAUGUUUCAGCUUUUGUUGUCUGCCUACUCCACAAUUACCAUUCAUGAUUUAGCUCUUUUCCUUGGGAUGACGGAGGAUGAUGCCACAACUUAUGUUGUAGAGAAUGGAUGGACAGUGGAUGCAACUUCUCAAAUGGUGACUGUGAAGAAAGAAACUGUUAAAAGAGAGCAAAAGGUGGAUUCAUCGAAGCUGCAACGCUUGACGGAGUAUGUGUUCCACCUUGAACAUUAGAACAAAGGAUCAAUCUCCUAUUAAGAUAGUGUAUUCAGAGAACAAAAUUUGUUUUUGAGA